AUCUCCUCUCAUAGCUCAUCAACAAUUCAGCUUGAAUUGAACAAAUCGACUGCCAUAUCAACCAUGUCUUCCAAUUCGCUCAAGUACCCACUUCUCGCAAUUCCUGCCUAUUACGUCUUCUCAGUCGUUCCACAUGUGUACGCCAGUGGCCUACUCGCAAGACAUGGCUACAAAAUGAACAAUGCAAACCCCAAAGCCUCCUUAUCCCCAGAAAAUGUGAAGGGCAAGGUGCCUGAUGAGGUGUUCCAAAAGUACCAGCGCGCUGAAAACGCCCAAUCCAACAACAUGGAACAAAUGCCCUUGUUCGCAGCUGCCGUGCUUGCAAGCCUCAUCGCCGAACGCACCACCGCCACUGGAAUCGGAAGGGAGGUCAUGUCAGGUGAUGCAACGGGCUUGACGACGUUCAUCUCAGCUUGGUUCGCCGUCAGGACCUUGUAUGUUGUUUCCUAUGUGCAGCUUUCAGAAGCCCCCAAGAGUGCCAUCAGGAGUGUUUUGUGGGCUACCGGUUCCGGGUUGGCAUUCUAUCAGUUCUACAAGGCUGCUGCGCUUUUCGGCUAAGGGUGCGGAAGGGUGCGGGGAUAGAACGGGGAAUAAGAGUACACGAUAACAGCCACAAUGACAUGCGGUGACAUGCACGGCUAAUAAGCGCAUGAAAAUGCCGCCCGGUAUUUCAGGAACGUAUGAUAAGCACGAAUCAUGAUCGUAGCCAAAUCUGAAAAUUCAAUC